AUGUCAACACUUGUAAAUCGAAUGUUAUCUCAAAAGGAUAAACUAACCAUGAUUAAUCACUGGUUAAGUUCAAAAGAAGAAGAAGAACAACAACAGCAACAACAAAUGUAUUAUAAUAACACAAGCCCUCGUUAUUCGAUUGGUAUUCCACCUCCACCUUAUGAAAAUGUCGUUCAACAACAACCACCGAUGGAUAGAAAGAAGUAUAGUUUUUCAAGCAUGAUCUGGAAACGAGCUUCAUUCUCGAGCACAGUUUCGUCCGAAGUCAAGAUACCGGUGACAACUAUUGAUAAAAAGCAAGUUGAACAUGGUAUCACCCUCUUAAAUAUUGCAACCGACAUGAAUAAUAAUAACAGUCAACCGAUGGCCAUGGACCUUUACAUGAUGGGCUUGGAUAAAAUCAUGUCGGCAUUACCUUUGGAGUCUGAUCCUAAUGCCAAGUUGGCAUUAGAAAAGAAAAUAAGAGAGAUUCAGCAGAUGCAUCAGUUGGAUUUAAACUCAGAUAUGAUUGAAGAGCAAGAAGAACAAGAAGAUGAAGAUAAGCCUAUUCGAAAGCAAUUAUCUAAUUUGAUCAUCAAUGCUGCUGUCUUGGGAGCUGUUGCUUUAAAGAAGAGCCCAAUCCCUGACGCUGUAUCCGGUGUUGUCAAUUAUGCUGUUGAUAGUAUUCAAAGCAUAGAUGAAAAACAUCAAAUACGUAAACGUACCUGGGAUUUAGCUGCCACAGGUGUCAAUAAAGCCAUUCAAAUCGAUCGUCAAUAUGAAAUUCAUCAAUUAGUUUCUGAGGCUGUCUAUACUGGCUUUGCUGCCUUUAUUAAAGCUGGAAUGGCUUAUGCUGAAACUCCUGGUUAUGGUCAACAAGAUUAA